CAACCUUUGGGUGACGUCACGCACACACUGAUUCUCUGUCUCACAUGCUCUCAACAUAUAUUUCAGAAUCAGCCAUUUGUAGCCGAAGUGUAUUGUUCAGUAUUUCAACAUAAAAAUAUAACAAUGUGUCCAGAUCUUGUACUUCCCUGAAAGUUAGUCACAGUCUGUUCUGUCCUUGACAGAUAACUGCAGUGACUGAUCUGUUUACUCAAUAAGUAAUGAUUAGAUCAGACUCUGCUCCCCAAAUGACUCAUUUGUCAUUCGUGACGAGGACUCUAAGGAGCAGCCUGGCUGACACAACUAGAAAACAACAUAAUGAAGUCCUGGCAUGCUCUCGCUUUCCUCUGGUUGGCAUAUUUCUGCCCCGGCGCUCUGUCCUGCCCGGCACUCUGCAAAUGCUACCAGAGAAGAGCCGAGGUGAUCUGCAAUGAGGUUCCCCUGACGGAGUACCCCUCCGAGGGUCUCCCGAAGAACACCACCAUGCUGACCAUCCAGUUCACAAGCAUCAGCUCCAUCUCAGAGGAGCAACUAAGCGCCACCCCCUUACUGCAGGGCCUCCACCUGUACAACAACCACCUGCAGAACCUUUCCGCUGACCUUCUCAGAGGCGUUCCUCAGCUGGACACUUUGGAUCUCACGGAAAACAAACUGUCUGUCCUGCCUGAGGAUGUCUUCAGUCACGCCCCGCUCCGCAACUUAGUGCUGAAAAAUAAUCAGAUUGACAAUGCCGAUGCCAAGUGGCUUCAUGACCAGAGCAACCUCACCUGGUUAGACUUAUCUAAGAACCGCUUAACAAAGAUCCCAACUGCUCUGUUUCAGAAGCUGCCCCACCUGGAGGUGCUGGAUCUUUCCAACAACCACCUGGAGAAGGCCUCGGUGAAUUUUCUUGACCUGAUGACCAAACUUGAGAGGCUAAACCUGAAACACAACAAGCUGACCACCCUGGGUGAACCCUUACUCCAGCACAACCACAACCUAACCCAUCUGUUCCUCACUCGAAAUAAAAUCAACAAACUCCCCCAAAACCUUUUUCAGAAGCUCGCUCAGCUCAGAAUACUGAGUCUGGACGACAACCAGCUGAGCCACAUCCCUGCAGGCUUGCUCGACCCUCUGAUCUCCCUGGAUGACGACGGGCUGGACCUGAGCGACAACCCGUGGCUGUGUGACGGGAAGAUCGAGUACCUGUGGAGAUGGCUGCAGAAGAACAAGAAAAAGGUCUUCCUGCCAGAGAGCGUCAUGUGUGCCGGCCCCGAGUCUCUAAAAGAGCGCACAGUGAUGUCGCUGACGGAAAGUGAAAUAAACGCUCAAUCUUAACAUUGCACCUCAAACUGGUUCUUAUCUCAUAUGCUAAUGUGCCAGCCUGUAAUCACUGCAUUACCUUUCAGUCUUUGUCAACGUCAUGUUUAAUUAAAUGCAUCAGUAGCGAAAACAUU